GUUUGGCCGUCAAAACAUCGUUUGCGUCGCGCAUUGCUGCCCGCGUGACGCAUACGCGCAUACGUUCCCAAGCUCGCACGCCGCGGCUGCCCGACGCCGUCGCUGCAGCAGAGCCACCCAGAACGGCUGCCCAAAGCUGAGCUGGGCCCAAAGCUGAGCCGGGCUGUCACAAAGCUGCCCGAGGCAGAGCAGCCAUGGUGAAAGCCGGCGUACCUGGCGCUACUUAUCAGUGGUCCAGUCAAGCCGCCUUCACGAAGAUCGAGCGCCUCACGCCCCGCGUCUGGCGCGUGGAAGCGGACGACGAGUCGUGCACCUAUGUCAUUGUCGGUACGGAGCAAGUGGUGCUGGUGGACGGCUAUGCUUCAGCUUACGGCCCCUGGGUCGACAGCUUCUUGAAAGCGGCGCUGCCUCACGCAUCGAAGCUGCCGCGGUUGUGCGUCAACACGCAUCGCGAGCGCGCCGGCGGCAACGCAUCUUUACAAAAACUCGGCGUGGAGGUCGCGGCUUCAGCAAGGCCUAGACCGGCGGCCCAACAUACCUUCGAGCCCUACACUAUUGAUCAGUGGCUCCACAACGAGGAGGCCAUUGAUCUAGGUGAUGAUCACCAACUGAAAGUGCUCCAGACGCCGGGGUACACACCAGACUCAUUGUGUCUCUGGUAUGCGGAGGACCAGAUCCUCUUCACGGGCGCCACGAUCAUUGCAUCCGAGGGGGAAGACACCGAGGCGCUGCACCGGUCCGCGACAUUACUACAAACCACGUAUCGCGGGCGCGUCGCCAAGCAGCAGACGCAUGAGAGGAAGGCGGCAUCAAUACCAAAGCCGACGCCAAAGAAGAAGUCGCUCUGGGGCACACUGAGAGGGGCCACGUCGUUGCUCCGGUCGGGUUCGAAGCAGCGCCUCGACGAGUUGCCGACGCCCUCGAAGACCACCAAGUACCGGACGACGCGCGACCACCGCGCGCGGCUCGUCGCCUUCUACGAGAAAUAUGACCCCUCGAAACUAAGUUCGGUCGAUGCCGUGUUAGAGGCUUGUGCGGGCAGCGAGGUUGAUAUGUGGAAAUUGUUGCGGGCGACGUACGAGCCCAUCCAGGAGGAGGCGAAGGAGGCGCCUCGGGUAAGGGUGCGCGCCGACGCGGCUUCGGAAGCAUCGAGCUUGUUCGAUCUGCGCGACUCGCUUAGUCGAUUGGCCUUCGUCGCCGAGGACGUCAAAAAAGUAUGUGGAGGCCGCGGCCCGGUGCUCGGACGCGACGCUCUCGUAGAUUUACUGAAGCUCGUCGAGGACGCCGUCACGCGCAAGGUGAAGCCUGUCGAACGGAGCGCUGGGAUCGUGUUCUUCGAGCGAGGGGACGCGUCUUUUAGAGCGAGGGCCUACGAGCUCCAGAUGUGACCCUCGCGCCCUCCUCUCGCGGCGACGCGCUGUCGGCGACCCUCGCGCUGUCGCGGCGAUGGCGUCACGCUCGCGCCGCCGAUGCGACCGGGAAAGUAAGAAUGGUGUGUGUCUUA